UCGUGCCGUGGCCUUAUGAUCUAUCUGUGUCCGGUAUUCUGUCACCUCUCUCGGCUGCGGCUCGGACGCCUCGCCGGAUCGUCCCUACAUCGAUCCCGCACUCGUCUGUGCCCGGCAAGGUCUGUUUGAUUUCCUCUAUUGCAAAGGUAUAAGGAACGCAGAGCACCUCCUUAUUAGCAGGAGCCCAUACCUUAAUUCUUUACGUCUCCUUGCCUACUAUCAUGGGCGUCUCCCCGAGCUCGGCCACGCGCUUGUGUGCGCUUCGAUGCGGUUGUGGUUAAUCGCAUAAUGAUCCCGAGUCCUCGUCGAUAUUAUCCAACAUCCAGCAGCCCCCCUCUCUGUCUGGUACCCUGCUGUGUAACCGGCCGCUGUCCGCAGAUCUGACUAUAAGUAAAGUACCAUCGAUGCCCUCAUACCCGGCACUCCGAAUCUUCCCUCGUUCAUCUUUUCCUUGCCGCGAUCGCCCGCCCGCAGCGCCACCGCGUGCUGGCAUGGUUUUCCGGAAUUCUCUGCUUCGGGCUUUCCGCAACCCGUCGAUCCGUACCGGUCUAAGAUUGGGCCGUCCUAGUACCGCCAUACGGCUCCCGCCAUUCGCGUCUUUGUCGCCGGCGGCCAUUCCGCGUGUAUCCGCUGUGGGCUUUUCGACUAGACAACGACCACCCUCGCCAGCUCCUAACCGCGUCUCUGAAGCGAUGGCUCAGCCGAAUCCGGGAUCAUACACAACUGCGUUUGCCCUAUUUGAGGCGCUCUGGGAGGCUGGUAUAACGGCAUGUUUUGUCAAUGUCGGAUCCGAUCAUCCGUCCCUGAUUGAGGCUAUCGUCAGGGGCAAGCGAGAGCGGCCCGACUCGUGGCCUAGGAUGAUUACGUGCCCCUCCGAGGUCACUGCCAUUUCGAUGGCCGACGGGUAUGCUCGAGUGACGGGCCGGCCGCAGGCUGUUCUGGUUCAUGUCGACGUCGGCACCCAAGCUCUCGGCCAGGGUGUCCAUAAUGCCAGCGUGGGCCGUGCUCCGGUCUUCAUCUUCGCCGGCUUGUGCCCGUAUACGGAGUCUGGGGAACUAACUGGUUCCCGGACAGAGUAUAUGCACUGGCUGCAGGAGGCCCCGGACCAGAAAGCCAUCGUGCGACAAUAUUGCCGAUACACGGGUGAAGUCCGGACCGGGCUGAAUAUUAAGCAGACCGUCGGGCGCGCGCUUCAAUUCGCGAAUAGCACGCCUAAGGGCCCUGUUUAUGUCGCCGGCGCGCGCGAGGUUCUGGCUCAGGAGAUCCAGCCGUAUUCGCUGCACCAGGAACAGUGGGUCCCGAUUGGGCCGAGCGCGCUCCCGGCUGACGCCGUUGCCGAUAUCUCUAAAGCUCUCGUUCGGGCCGAGCGCCCUCUUAUCAUCACGGGCUAUUCCGGCCGUGAUCGUCGCACUCCGGAGCUUCUCGUCGCUCUGGCAGACCUCGUUCCAGGCGUACGCGUUCACGAUACCGGCGGAAGUGAUGUUUGUUUUCCCUUCACCCACAUCGCCUCCGAAGGUUUCCGCCUCAGCUUUGAUGAGUGCACUAGAGACGCCGAUGUGAUCUUCCUGCUCGACUGCGAUGUGCCCUGGAUCCCUUCCCGUAACCCGCCGCGGAAAGAUGCCAAGAUCUAUCACGUAGAUAGCGAUCCGCUAAAUCAGCAGAUCCCAGUUUCCUUCUUCCCUGCCCACGGACGUUGGAAAGCGGAAAGCUUCACUGCGCUUACGCAGCUGGUCGACCAUAUCAAGAAUGACGCCUCGCUCGCACAUACCCUGGAAGAUCCGAAGUACGCAGCUCGUCGAGACACUCGUGCCCAGGUCUACGAAGAGCGCCAGGCUAAUAUCGCUUCGAAAACUCGCUUGGGCGAUCAAGAAGCGCUGGAUGCACACAAUAUCGGCAGCCUCCUGAGGACGACGCUUCCGGAUGACACAACCUACGUCAUCGAAGCCGUGACGGCCGCCCAGACACUCUCCGACCAGCUACAGCCUAGCCGGCCGGGAAGCUGGAUCAACUGCGGCGGGACAGGUAUCGGGUGGAGUAACGGCGCGGCGCUGGGCGUGAAGAUGGCGCUGGCUGACCUCGAGAAAGAGGAGGGCCAUAAGCCAAGCCUCGUGUGCCAAGUAGUUGGCGAUGGGAGCUUCAUGUGCGCUGCGCCGUCGACUGCGCUGUGGGUCGCAAGCAAGUAUGAGAUAGCGAUUCUAACAAUUGUGUUGAAUAACGGAGGCUGGAAAGCCCCUCGUAAGUCCACGGAGCUCGUCUAUCCUAACGGUCUGAGCAUCUCGGCAUCCGAUGACGAAAUUAACGUCUCUUUCCGCCCGACGCCUAAUUACGCCGCAUUAUCCGAGGCCGCAGCGGGGUCGGAGGUUGGUUGGAGGAACUCAACGGAGAAAGGAGAAGGGUGGAUGAAGGGUGUACGCGUUAGGACGGUGGGAGAUUUCAAGGAGGCGCUGCGACACGCAAACUCCAGAGUGGCCAAAGAUGGCAAAGGGAUGUUGGUUGAGGUGUUAUUGGAAUAACAACCACAAUUUUAUAGACGAACCGGGCCGACGUAGUUGCAGCAGCUCGCCUCAGACUCUAUCACAUUCAUACCACAUUCAUAUACCCACCUAACUAUGUAGGUAUUAUGGAGUAUUGGGCCGUGGCUCAACACGUAACCUCGCCAUCCUACGCGCAGUCCCCUUCGCCCACAUCCUAGAACAGCGAAUAUUAC